UUCCCCGGGAUUUGGGACACUUUGUUAACCCGAGCCCCGGGCUGGUUAUGCUGCCGCUCGGCCUGCACUUCCUGGCGGCCCUGGGCACCGCUCUAGCCUCGCUCCUGUCUCUGCUGCUCCUGCUCGCCGUCUCCCGCCAGCUGUGGACCCUCGGCUGGAAUGUGCGCAGAGACCGGGGCAACAAGCUGCCCCUCCCCAAGGGCUCGAUGGGCUGGCCGUUACUCGGAGAGACGCUGCACUGGAUGGUGCAGGGCUCCAAAUUCCACGCUUCCAGGAGAGAGAAAUACGGCAAUGUUUUUAAGACGCACUUGCUGGGCCGCCCGGUAAUCCGAGUGAGCGGCGCCGAGAACAUCCGCAGGAUCCUGCUGGGGGAGCACCGCCUGGUGAGCGCUCAGUGGCCUCACAGCACCAGGCUCCUGCUGGGACCCAACACACUGGGCAACUCGAACGGGGAGUUACAUCGUCAGCGGAGGAGGAUACUGGCCCGGGUAUUCAGCCACGCCGCUCUGGACAGCUACCUCCCCGGGAUCCAGCGGCUGGUCCGUUCCCGGGUCCGGGCUUGGUGCAGGGAGCCGGCUCCGGUCGCUGUCUACCCGGCCGCCAAGGCGCUGACUUUCUGCAUCGCCGUCCGGAUCCUGCUGGGUCUGCAGGCGGCCGACCAGCAGCUGGACCGCCUGGCCGCUACCUUCGAGCAGCUGAUGGAGAACAUCUUCUCGCUGCCCGUGGACAUGCCGUUCAGCGGCUUGCGGAAGGGCCUCAAGGCACGGGACGCAUUACACGAGUACUUGGAAACCGCGAUCGGAGAGAAGCUGCAGGCGCAGCGCCCGCUUUCUCAGCCUGACGCCCUGAGCUUGAUGCUGCAUAGUGCCCGGGAGAAUGGGAGGGAGUUAAACCUCCAGGAGCUGAAGGAAGCUGCUGUUGAGCUGAUCUUCGCUGCUUUCUCCACCACGGCGAGUGCCAGCACGUCCCUGGUGCUGCUGCUUCUGCAACACUCCGAGGCGCUGGAGAAGGUGAGGCAGGAGCUGGGCCAACACGGGCUGCUCGCUCCCUGUCAGUGCCCCCUGGAGCGGCCGGACAACAGCGGCGCUCAGCACCGACUGGGAAGCCGAGCCAGUCGGCCGGGGGCUGAAGGCUGCCCUCCGCCUAUCCCCCCGGACAGCGGCUCCCUGGCUGAUGCCAGCGCAAUGCCCGGAGAGAGCCGCUCCCAGUCACGAACGGAACCUGAAGCCUGGCACUUUCCGGAAGCCGUGCCAGAGCGAGAGGGGCCAGGCUGUGAGUGCCAGCCCCUGCUGAGGUUGGAUACCCUCAGCCGCCUGCGUUACCUGGACUGUGUGGUGAAGGAAGUGCUGCGGCUGCUACCGCCUGUCUCUGGGGGCUACCGGACAGCCUUACAGACCUUCGAGCUAAAUGGCUGUCAGAUUCCCAAAGGUUGGAAUAUUAUCUAUAGCAUUCGUGACACACAAGAGACGGCAGCCGUCUACCUGAACCCGGAUACUUUCGAUCCCGAUCGCUUUGGACCGGAGCGGGAUGAGAGCAAAGCGGGGAGGUUUAAUUAUUUACCUUUCGGAGGGGGGGUUCGGAGCUGCGUCGGCAGGGAACUGGCGCGAGUGAUCCUCAAAACACUGGCGGUGGAACUGAGCAGCGCAGCGACCUGGGAGCUCGCGAGCGCCACCUACCCUAAGAUGCAAACUGUCCCGGUUGUGCACCCUGUCGAUGGGCUGAAGGUUCGCUUUCAUCGCCUGGAUGGCAUGGUAACGAAAUGAAAGCGUCCCUCAGGGAAUGACAAAAAAAAAAGACAAAACGAAGUGUGUUGCUGUUUAUGAUCGACAUUUGACAGGAGUUAAUUUCCCGUGACUUUAUAACAACCCGCUGGACUGUUUUCCAGGAAAAGUAAAUCGUGUUAAGUGAGCAAAUGUCCACUGACUACAGUAGUGAGCAGCCUAUUUCUGAUGGCCCAUUCAGUUCGGUUACUAUUGAACAUCUGUUCUUUGAAUAAGUCGAGAGUAACAUUUGAAAGCUGGGACUCCCGUAUAAAUACUGUCAAAGCACUGUACUAAAUCUAUGCACUUAAUCCUCGGGAUGUACUGAUGUACCCACAGGUAGGACCUAAAGACCAAAAUGAUAGUUUUCUAUCGACUGAGAACUUGGAAUGAAUUCCUGCUCGCUUUCAAAUUCGCUGUUUUCGCUGGGUUUUACCGAGGAACCGGAUGGUUUCAUAAAACGCGGACUUAACCGUGUUACCUUUAGUUUAUCCCCAAGAAUGAAUGUCGGUUACUUCUCCAGCUAUCAGAGGAUCAUGUACACUGUGACCAAAAGACAGCGUGAUGAGCCUGUUAUUGGACAGAGGGUGUCGCUCGUGUCGGAUUAUAACCGCUCCAUUUAUUAAUAGGACCGCAGUUGUGUGAAGCCGACGGGGGAAGGGUGUGAGUGGGCUGUCUGAGGGUCCGGAAUAAGGAGUCAUAUGGAGAGAUGGGCUGAGUGAGGGUCCUGAAUGAGGAGUGAUGUUGAGGAGGGAUGGGCUGAGUGGGGGUCCUGAAUGAGGAGGGGAUAACGCAGGCGGACGCGCUUUACUUUGUAAUCCAUCCCCAGCUUUGAACUGACUUCAGUUUUCUAACACGUUUGUCAUUUUUUACAAUAAUAAAAGGAUGGACCGGUGGAUAUGUGCAGCAUCCCACAGAUUAAACCACUAGAAACAUCGCAAGUUCGCUAAAUGUCUUCAUUAAGAUUCAAACGGGAAUCUGAAUUAUUCUGCUAGUUCUUAAUAUUCUGAUCGAGAGGAUUUGUUUCCCCUCAGAUUCCGGGCAGAGCAUCGCGUCCGCAGUUUCCAAGCGAUAAACACCCAUUCUGUACGGGGAGAGUUGUAGAAACAGGCCUGCUUUAUAAAUGAUCCCGCGUCAUUAAAUCUUUGACAUAUCUGUUCGCUUCUCCAUUCACAUUGUUGUGGCAAUGUGGUGGAAAUCAGUCUGUUGUAACAGCUCAUUAAUAAUUGUUAUGAAGUAGGAAAAUGUUGAGUUAUCAAUGCAUGAGAACCCAUUGGCAUAAGGCGCUGCGGUUGUAAUGUUGCAUAUAAAAUAUUUAGUUCGGAAAGUUUUAUUUACAAAACUGAGACUGACUUGAUUUCAAACGUAGUGAACUGGUACUGUUUAAACCCCGAUAGGAGGCAUUAAAACCAGUGGCUUAAGUGAAUGAGACAUUUUGUCCCUUUUUGUUGGUUUUGUGUAUUUGAAAUCCUGCGAAAAUGAUAUUAUGGCCAUUUUUUCCCCUCAUUCGUUCGCUGGCGAACGAUAAAAGCGGUAAUAUGAACAGUAAUCAUUGUCGAGUGGACGCAUCUCUAAGAAACUAAAACACCUCGUCUCGGUUCACGUUUUUCUCUUCCUGUCAACAGCAGCCCUCUGUUCCCUUAAUCAAGUGACCAUUCCUCACCCUUAAACCAAGCAGCCUCGUGUCUUGAGCGAGACCUGACCACCGCCCAGCACUAACCCGUUGCACCUUUAGAGGCAACUGUCCGCAGGCCAACUCUUUGUUUCACUGCAAAUAAAAAAGCCUACAAUCAUGAACCAAUCCUCAAUUCUGAAUCUACCCCAGUAUUCAACCGUUAAUCUUAACACCAAACUGAGAGGUUUUACUGAAUUCCACUGAGCGGCCGGAUUAUGGGGCUGCAGUGGAAUUAUUUAUUGAGCUUGCUGGAGUCAGAAAGGCUUCUCAGCCCAGGUUCCUCACUCCCCAUUUACACAAGAGUACACUUCCUGGCAGGGGUUAUUGGAUAAUGAUCACUAGCAGAAAUCCGUCCUCCCUAGCCCAGGGCUUCGAGGUAAUUUGCUGCACCCGCUGAGAUCAGCUGCUAACCGUGCACAUCCUGAAAAAUCGGCUUCCCCUGCACGUCUCAGCAUCAAACCAGCACAUACACAACGAGGGGCGAAACAGGACUUGUGGUGACCCUUUAGGUACCAAUCCAGAAGUGGACUCUCCGGUCAUUGCAAUGUGGGGUUGUCUGCCUGAUUGCGCUAUCUGUGCCACUCAUCUCUGAGACCAGUGAUAGCAGGGUCACUACCACUGGCCUGAAGCAGCUAAUUCGACAUGGACAAGGUGUCAGCUCUCUGAACAGUAGCACUGAUUUGUCCAUGUUUCCACUCAGAGAGCAUGGGGUAAUUGCGAAGCAGUAAUAAUUAGGAUUGAAACUAAAAUCAGAGCUGAAAUUAGACCAACCAUGC